AUGCCCACCCAAACCGCCGGAGCCAACCGCCUCGCAGACCGACAACGUCGUCUCGCCGCAAAACACCACCAACUAUAUAUGGCACUCGAACUGAACGCUCUCCGCGACCAGGUGCAGAAAAACGGCGACAAGAAAGCGGGGAUGGGAAAUCUGGACAAGAGGGAGGAUGUAGAGAAGAUCCGGACGGAGAUUGCGGCGUUGGAGGUCGAGAUCGAAGAUUUACAUGAGUGGAUUAGACGGUAUGGGAGGGAUGAGGAUGGCUGGAUAUAUAUCUACGGCAGCUAA